CGCAAAGUAGAAGUACAUUCACGGGGUCGGAACGAAGGGAGACACGUCGUACAUGUGGUCGAUCUAGGUGCCGAGGCAGCACUCAAUCUAGGUCGUCAGUAGCUCGAGAUCGGUUUUGUACCCAGGGACGGGUUGUUCAAGUGCAUGUUAAGUGAAGUACAAGAAGUCUGAGUCGAGGCGAAAUCAAAACACAUGCGCAACGCAGAUGAGUCACCUCGAGAGUACGGAAAUGUCCUAAGGUUCUCACAUGAGCAGCUUGGGGCUAUCCACCAUCCGAGCGCGCGUGGUCAACGCCUUCAGCGACCGCCAACGCCAGCGGGAACCCGACUUCUCAAGUCGUCCCAGCGUCAUCUUGUGUCCGCGACCCGGCUCCUCUCUAAACACCAGGCCAUUCGCAACAGUGCGCCGCAGGCAGUCCAGCCAGCCCCGAGCCAACAGGGACGGCAAGCACUCGGACACGGGAGCGGGCGUCCCGGGAACACUCAACAUCGUCGACUUCCGUGUGUCCUCGGACUCCCAGAUGAUGUUGGGGAACUCAUAGGUCAAAGGGCGAUCCUUUUGUUUCUCCUCCUUCGCGUAGAACUGGUUCACACCCGCCUCGCUGAAGAAGGUCAGCCGAUCGUUCUCCGGGAAGCGCAGGACCUGCGCGUCCUUAACAAAGUAUGCCUUGCUGGGGUUGCCGUCGCAGUCCUUCCGGAACUGCAGGGUGAUGUAGAAGGCGUGAUACACGGGGAUGCCAGUGGGGCCGACGGCGGAGUCCUCCUCGCUCUGUUCGAAGAGCGCGGGCCCGGCAGUGAAUGCCCAAUGCGCUAUAUGUGUAUAGAGCUCGAUGAAGUCGACGAGGAGUUCGAUGCGAUGCUCCACAGGCGGCAAGCUCGAAGCUACUUGUUGGGAAGCGGUGUUCGGACUAGCGUCCUUCGCCCAGCCCUCCAGUGCACGGAUUCUCCCUUCACAUGAUACC